AUGCCGCUCUCUCCCUCCUACACAUGGAGCGACGACAAAGUCACCUUUCAGGAUAUGGCAAGCUCUACUGGAAGUGACAAAGCAGGAUUCAAGAAGAUCAAAAUGGACAUGGGUCGACUCGUACGGCCUCCUCUUCAAUCAUGCAAUGUUCCGCUGAAGGCAGCUCUAACCUGUAGUAGAUGGUGUGUCGAUAAGAUAAGUAGCACUGAUCUUUCUAAAGCCAUCAACUCGAUGUAUAGAUAUCCACAGUUAUCCUAG